AUGACGGAGAGGGGAAAGAGUGCGAAGAGGUUUCUUCAGGAGGGGAGAAGGUCGGGGGAGGCGAAGCGCGCCAAGGGGGAUGACCGGCUUAGCGGUGAGGAGGAUGAUCAGCUUAGUGACAGGGUUGAGAAGUCUGACGAGAUAGGAGCCACCCCGACGGAAGCCCACCAAACAGAUGAAACGAGGACGAGCCCCGAGAAGGCACAAGCUGUACUCAAUGAAGACAUAAAGAAGUGCAUAGAGAAAAGAAUACCAAACGUUAGCAGAAACUUAGAAGUGGACCUCUGUGUAGCCAUUCCCUCUUCCAUUAUAAACAACAGAAGCGACGUAAUAAAGUCCUAUUUGACAAGCUACUUGGCCAGAAUAUUCACCGUCUUUUCCGUCUCGAAGGUGUACAUAUAUGACGACCAAAUGGCGAACGAACGAUUCGAGCGCUAUGAGCGGCGUGAUCAGCGUGAGAAGCAGUUGAGCAGUGGAAACUCCCCCCAGGGUACUGCCCAUCCACAGAAGACGCACGAAGGGGAAAAAAACUACCACAGCGAUAGCGUUGGCAGUAAGCAGCAAGGAAAGAGACAAAGCAGUCAUUCGUCUUCACAGGAAGGAGAAAAAACAACCCCAGAAUAUUCCUACCUGUGUCAUUACCUACAUUACAACCUACAAUAUUUGGAGACACCCCAAUAUUUGAGGAAGCAUCUUUUCCCUAUAACCCACUUUUUAAAGCACUCAGGAAUAAUGAAUCCUGUGGAUGCUCCCCAUCACUUGAGAAGCGAUGAAUGGCUUCCAUUUCGCGAAGGGGUCGUAAUAAAGAAGAAGUCAAAUGGGGUCAUAGUAGACGUUGGCUUGUUUGCUCAUGCACAUAUAGAAAAUGUUAACCACGUGGAUAUUGGGACGAGAGUUACCGUCCUGUUUCAUCCCAACUCGCUUCUCCUAUUCCAGAAGAGAAAUGCAAAUGUUUUAUUUUCAGGAAAAUUAAUCAAUCCAAGUACUCCAAAGCUGUACAAUUUGUAUUGGGGCUACUCCGUCGAGCUCCUAAAACGGCUGACCGAUGUUUUUGACCUCGACGUAGACUACAUCGUGGGCACCUCCGAGCGGGGGCACUUCAUCGGCGACGCGGCGGACGCGGUCAGAGGAGUCAGCUGCAUCCUCAUUGUGUUCGGAAACAAGCAGGGGCUGGAAGACCUGCUUAUCAAGGAGCGCGAAGAGCGGAAACAAAAAAGCUACGCCGUGGAGAAGAGGAGCAAAGUUUUGAGCAAAAUGUUGAAGAAAUUCCACCUAUUCGACAAUACGAACGGAGGAGGCCAUAGCGAUAACGCUGUCGCUGUUUCAUAA